AUGUGGGAUGCCAUUGCCUGGACCCAGAGCAUCACUGGCUUGACCAAGGGGUUUGUGUCUCUCAAAGGGCUGCAGCUGAGGCUGAGCGGUGGGCCCAACCAGUGUGCAGGCAAUGUGAUGUACUACUUUGGGGGCUGGGAGAAGGUGUGUGGCUACCUGUGGGACAUGCAGGAUGCUGAGGUGGUGUGCAGGCAGUUGGGCUGUGGCUUCCCUCUCACAGCCACACAAUCCUUCCCCUCGAGCAACUCGUACGGGUAUGUGAUUACUGAGGUGAACUGUAUGGGCUACGAGAACAGCAUGUGGGAUUGCCCCUACAACUACCAACUCAGGAAUAACAGUGCCUCCAACAAUAGAACCAGCUGUCUCCAGAUCGAUGCUCCCCAGGUCAUGGACUACAGCAGGUCCAGAGUAGUUAAAGGCUCUGAUUAUCUCCUUCCCAAGGUGUCCCACUGGACAGUCAACCCCAUGGAUUUGGGGUUCAUCUCCUGUGGUGGCUUACUUCAGGGAUUGUCCGGCACCAUCCAAAGCCCGGGAUACCCCGGCUCCUACCCCGACAACUCCUACUGCGUGUGGCGGAUCCGGCUGCGGGACCGGGCCCGCAGGAUCCAGCUCCAGUUUACGGACGUGGAGCUGGAAGGCAGCAGCUGCUCCUUCGAUGCCAUCGAGGUGUACGAUGGAGGGUCCCCCGAGGCCUGGCGCCUCGGCCUGGUCUGCAGGAACGACCAUCGUGUCUUCAACUCAUCCGGGAACCAGCUCACCGUCCUGUUCCGCAGUGAUGCCAGCGUCACCAGGAGAGGCUUCCACGCCUUCUACUCUUCAUUUGUUGCCUUCAAUAGCACCGUGGCUCCCACUACUUUCAACUGGACAACCACUCUCUCAUCAACCUCAGAAUAUUAUUCUUGUGGUGGCUCGCUUUCCUUUUCAUCUGGUACCUUACAGAGUCCAUUUUACCCCAGAAAUUAUCCAAACAAUGCCAAUUGCGUGUGGGAAAUACAAGUAAAGAGCAACUUCCUUGUCACACUUGUAUUUACAGAUAUUCAGAUGGAAGGUGGCAGAUGCCUCUCUGACUUUGUGGAAAUCUAUGAUGGGCCCCUGCACAGCUCUCCCCUCCUUGGGAAGAUUUGUUCUGGUUAUUACCACUCGUACACAUCAUCCUCCAACCUGCUGACCGUCCGCUUUCACAGUAACUCCCGACUCACAUACAGAGGGUUUCAGGCCAACUAUUAUUCCACUCCAGCUGAUGACAGCACCACACUGCUGUGUUUGCCAGACUAUAUGCACGUGGUUGUGAGCAGAUACUUCCUUCAGUCCCACGGCUACUCUGCUUGGAACCUCACCCUGAACGACCCCUUUUGCACACCCAACAUUACAUCAAAUUAUGUGGUAUUCGACAUUCCAUACACCCGCUGUGGCACUGUCAGAGAGGGAAACAAUGACACAAUCAGAUAUUCCAACAUUAUUAGAGGGUCCUCUUCUGGUACAUUAAUCACAAGAAAUAGAAAUCUUCUCUUGCACGUCAACUGCAAGAUGCUCCAGAACACAUGGGCAAAAACAAUGUAUAUCGCUGACGACAAUUUUGAAGUCAAUGAAACUCAGUAUGAGAGAUACGAUGUAAACCUCACAUUUUAUGACUCUUCAAGCUUCUCACGGCCAGUGUAUGACUCACCCUACCAUGUCAGCAUCAACCAGAAUUUGUACCUGGAAGCUUCCCUGCACAGCUCUGAUCCAUCGCUGGAGUUGUUUCUGGACACUUGUGUGGCAUCUCCCACUCAUCAGAAUUUUACAACAGGGUCCUAUGCUAUAAUCAAGAAUGGGUGUGUUAAAGAUCCUACCUAUUCUUCAUAUUACUCACCCUACAGACACACCCUCCGGUUUAAAUUCAAUGCCUUCCAGUUCAUUCGGAGCAAUCCAGAGGUUUACCUGCAGUGUGAGCUGGUGGUGUGCAGGGCCUUUGACUAUUCUUCCAGAUGCCACCAAGGCUGUGUUCAAAGGUCCAAGAGAGAGGCAAGCUCUGACCACGAAAGUGUGAUUGUUGUUGCUGGCCCAAUACAGCUUUGGGAACCUGGCUCUGAGAUUGGGAAUGGAUAUGGAUAUGGAUAUGGGUCUGAAUAA